UUUUUUCUUCUUCAUUCUCAAAAUGAUGAUGAGCUUUGAUAUAUGAUGGACAUUUUUGAAUUUUUGUCAUCAAAUAGUCAAAUUAGGCUACUGUGUUUAGAGAUGGAUAAUAUUCAUUCAAAGAUGAUGAUGAUGAAGAAAAAGAAUGAUGACACAAUAGAAAUUGUCAUCAUCAUCAUCAUUGUGAAAACAAAACAUUUUUGAAAAGAGAAAAACAUUGGAAAGUGGGUGAAAUCAUUUUAAUAUGAAUGUAUGAUAAUUGACCAUUUUUUUCUGUGGAGAUGUUUGUUUGUCAUUUUAAUUGUAUCUCUAUAUCAUUAUCGGUGUUGGAACAUUUUUGGUUUUGGAUUAUUGAAUGUCCAUGAAAUUAUUUCAUUGAUUUUUUUUUGCCAACAAAACCACAAUAAACAUAACGGGUGAAAAUAGCGGUUCAACUAUUGUAAUCCAAUGUUUUUCCAUAUUAUUAUUUAUAUCGAAUGUUCUAUAUUUACAAAUGAUGAUGAUGAUGAUUGACAAUCGACAUCGAAUUUGAAUGGAACACCACCAUUAUCGUUUGGCCAUCAAUCAAACAUAUGGAUUCAAAUCAAAAAACAUUGCCAUUGGCAACGAUCAUCACCAUUAUCGUAUUGGCCAUUUUUUUCAACAUCCUACAAUUAUCAUUGGCUAUAGACAACAAUGAUGAUGAUGGACAACAAACAACAUCGUCGUUGUCCAAUACAAAUGUACAUAACAUUACGAAACGAUCAUCAUCAUCAUCAUUAUCAUUAUCGAAUGAUCAAAAUGAAAAUGUCAAAUUAAUCUGUUAUUAUUCCAAUUGGGCCAUAUAUAGGCCUGGUGUGGCUCGUUUUACUCCACAAAAUAUUAAUCCAUUCUUAUGUACACAUUUGAUUUAUGCAUUUGCUGGAUUAUCAAGUAAAUAUGAAUUGAAAGCAUUCGAUCCAUACAAUGAUAUUAACCAAGGAAAUUAUAAAAAAUUUGUUGGCCUUAAGAAAUAUAAUAAUCAAUUGAAAACAAUGAUCGCUAUUGGUGGAUGGAAUGAAGGAUCGAAAAGAUUUUCUAAAUUAGUUGCCAAUACUGAUUUACGUUUUAAUUUCAUUAAAAGUGUGCUGAAAUUUUUACGUGAACAUGAUUUCGAUGGUAUCGAUUUUGAUUGGGAGUAUCCAGCUUUCCGUGAAGGAAGUGCGCCCGAAGAUAAGGAAGGAUAUGCUAAAUUGAUUCGAGAAUUACGUUUUGCAUUCAACAAUGAAAAAAUACCUACAGGUAAAGAACGAUUAUUACUUAGUGUUGCUGUACCGGCUGGUCAAGAUUAUAUUGAUCAAGGAUUCGAUGUUCCUGUCAUAUCACAAUAUGCCGAUUUUUUAAAUGUACUUAGCUAUGAUUAUCAUACAUCAUUUGAUCCAGAAACUGAUCAUCAUGCACCAUUGAAUUCGAAACCCGAUAUUAUUGAUACCGAAGCAUUGAAAUUGAAUGCCGAAUGGACAAUCAAUUAUUAUCUUAAAUUGGGUGCACCACGUGAGAAAUUAAUUCUUGGUAUACCUACUUAUGGACGUUCGUUUACAUUGGCUGAUGAAAAUAAUAAUGGUAUCAAUGCAUUGGCUGAAGGCCCUGGUGAACCAGGUCCAUCGACAAGAGAAAAAGGCUAUCUUGCUUUCUAUGAAAUAUGUCAAAAAGUUGAAGAUGAUGAUUGGCAAUUACAUCGACCACAUCCACAUAUUGAAGGACCAUACGCGGUAAAAGGAAAACAAUGGGUUGCAUUCGAUGAUAUUGAAAUCAUUCAAGAUAAAGCUAAAUUCAUUAUUGAUCAAGGAUUAGGUGGUGCAAUGGUUUGGACAUUGGAUAAUGAUGAUUUCCGUGGCAAUUGUUAUGGUGAACAAAAUCCAUUAAUAAGUUCAUUGCGAACAUCGUUAAUUAAUCCUUUGUUACAAGUAUCACCAAAACCAGCUGCAUCACGUGAUUCCACAUCUUCCAUUCGACCAUCAUCAUCACGAGAAAACAAUUUUAUUCGUAAUCGAUCAAGACCUGUAAAUUUUGAAUUAUCCGAAUCUGGACUCAAUGCAUUGAAUGUUAAUACUCGACGUAAUCAAAGACGGAAACAAUAUUUUAGCACAUCAACUACUACUACUACUACUACCACCACCACAACAACGACAACACCAGCACCAACUACAGCUUUAGCUUUAUUAUAUACAACACCGGAACCACCAACCACACCGGAUCCGGGAAUUGAAUUCAAUUGUGAAGAUGAAGGUUUUUUCAAUAAUCCAAAAGAUUGUCGAAAAUAUUUCUGGUGUUUAGAUAGUGGUCCAGCUAAUUUGGGUAUUGUUGCUCAUUCAUUUACAUGUCCAUCAGGAUUAUAUUUCAAUAGCAAAACCGAAGCUUGUGAUUAUCAGGAAAAUGUUUCAUGUAGAAAUAAAAAAGAUAAAUCCACAAUUACAACACGACGACCACGAAUUCGACCAAAGAUUGCUACAACUUCAUCACCGAUUACAACGACAACAACGACGACGACUACACCUCCACCAACAACAACAACAACACAGAUGCCAAUCACGGACCCACCAUCAUCAUAUGAACGAGAUAAUGAUGAAAAAAUGAUGAUGGAUACUAUGAGAAAAUUCAAUGAUGCGGCUAAAAAUGGUAAUCAAGAUGAAUUAGUUCAGCUUUCUAAUCUAAUUAAAGCAUUGGGAGGUAUUGAUAAACUUGAAGCCAUUCUUAAAGGUUUCAACAAUAAUAAUAACGAUAAUGAUCGAAAACCGUUAAAUUCUGAACAAGAUGAUGGAUCGGCAUCGAAUUUUUUUGCAUAUGUUACACCUAAACGAACACAGGAACCAAUAACUACUACACCUGCACCAGCACGCCAAGAUCGUUCGAAACCUAUUCGACAACGACGUCCACAAUUUUUAGAUUCCGAAGCUACGGCAACAACGAUGGCUACUACAGCCACCACUCCGAUACCACCGACAACAUUAUCGUUGUUUACAUAUUACGAGAAACCAAAAUCAAAUGGUAGAAAUAAUAAUAAUAAUGGUGGUGGUGGUAGUAAUACUAAUCUAGAAGCCGAAUCAAUCGAUAAUUUUGUAAAGAAAUCUAAUGCAAAACCAUUUGAAUUUAAUUAUAAUCAACCUGAAGGUCGUAAUAUGAUGAUAAAUGCUUUCAAUGAUAUGCAAAAUUCUCGACGAUUAAUUUUAGAAGAAAAUAAACAAAAAUUUUCAAAUGAAUCAUUAACAUCGGCAGUUUUAAUCGAUCCUAAUACAAGACAAAUAUUUAAAUUACCAUAUCAAUUAAUGCCAUCGGAUAAUCCACCGAAUAAUAAUCGAGCAUUACCAUCGGAUAUAAUCGAUAAUAGUUUAACUGCCCGGCAAAAAGAUCCGGCAAUGACAAUAUCAAGACGUAUUCGUCUUCCACAUCCAAAUACGAUGCACCAGUUUUCAACGGCAGUUUUAGUACCCGAUAAAGCCGGUGUAGUUUAUGAAGAUGAAUUCCUUUUCGACCAUCAAUCAUCAUCGGAUAAUCGAAUGUCUGGACCACAACCACCACCGUCAUUGAUGCAACCGGGACAAUUUUUACCACCAGGUAGUGAACUUCCUCUGUCAGCAUAUUUACGUCAAUUUCAACCAGCACCACCACCACCUUAUCAAUUACCUAAUAAUGAUAUUGGUCAUAAUUCUCAAUCAUCAUCAAAACCAAAACAAUCUCAACAUGCUCAACAUCAACGACGUAAACCACAGAAUCAAUUCAAUAUUCCAUUGCAGCAAGAAAAUCCAAUCAAUCUAUUGAUCAACACACCUCCGCGUGCAGCUGAAGAUAAUAAGUUACCAUUUAAUAUUCUGCAUACAACAUCAUUACCAUUAACUACAACACCAUCGCCAGUACCAAAAUUUACCAAUUACAAUACAUUACCACCAGAAUUUGAUAUCUCACCCUUCACCAGUACAAGUAGUUUAUAUAAUCCAAUUCAGGCGAAUAAUUUUCAGAAAAAUAGAUUAUCCGACCUAUUGGACAGUGUGACAGCAACAUUAUCAUCAUCGUCAUCACAUCCAACUACACCGAUACCAACAGCAUUGAUUACAAAUGAUGAUCCAAUACUUCAUUCAUUGGGUCCAAGACGAAGAAUUGCACGUCCAAGAAGGCCAUUACCUGGCAUACAUCAUCAUCAUAAUCAUCAUAAUCAAUCACCGACGACAAGUUCACAUGCAACAGCACCUAGAACUACAACGACAACAACAACGACGACGACAACAACAACUCGUCGUCCAUAUAUUGCACCAUCGAUUGAUACAUUUCAUGGGCCAUCCGUAUAUUCAAAUAAUGAUGGUGGUCUUGGUUGUUCGAAACGUGGUGUAUUUGCACAUCCCGAAAGUUGUGGUAUGUUUGUUGUUUGUGCACCAGCUGGUCGUGGUAAAAAAGGUUUCCGUACAUUGACACAUCAUUGUCCAGCUGAUCAGGUAUUUGUUGAAGAGGUUGGACGUUGUCGACCUGGUAAUAAAGAUCGUUGCGAAGUUUAUCAUUAGUUGUGAGUCACAUAUUUAAAAAAAAAAAAAUUUACUGAAAUCACAAAAAUCAAAAUGACAAAAAAAAAUAUUUCUGAA